AUGCUGAGACCAUUGCGACUGCUCCUACUAGGGGCACCUGGGUCAGGUAAAGGGACGCAGACUUCCAGACUCCUGAAACAAUUUCCAACAAUAGAGGCCUUCUCCACUGGGGAUCUCUUACGGAGAGAGGUGGCAGCCAAGUCCGAGAUUGGAAAGCUGGCCUCAAAUUACAUCUCGCAGGGCAAAUUGUUUCCAGAUGAAUUGAUAGUAGAUUUGACUAUCAGUGCAUUGAGCUCCCACCAGGUGCUAACGUCUGAUUCCAGCUGGUUGUUGGAUGGGUUUCCCAGAACGUUGACCCAGGCCAAGAUCUUGGACCAGAAAUUGAAUUCGACAGGCGCCCCGGUCAGUCUAGUUGUGGAGCUAGACGUCCCGGAGAGUGUGAUAUUGGAGAGAAUAGAGAACCGAUGGGUGCAUGUUCCAUCAGGUAGAGUCUACAAUCUACAAUACAACCCUCCCAAGGUUCCAGGUAUAGACGAUGUAACAGGGCAACCUCUGGCGAAAAGGGACGAUGACAACGUGGAAGUCUUCCAAAAGAGAUUGGACACUUACCGUCAAACCAUGGAUCCGAUCAAGACCUACUACUCAGAGAAGGGAAUCCUCCAGACCGUGAGUGGAGAGACGAGUGAUAUCAUUUUCCCGAAGCUGGUGGAGCUGAUCAAGAGUAAGUUUGCGGCAUAG